AUGUUCUUGAUGUGGUUAUUUGUCAUGAGUGUCUUUCACUCCUCUUUAGGGGAGAAUAGUUGCCUCCGUGCAUACUCUCCUGGGGAUAUCAUCAUUGGAGGACUUUUCCCUAUUCACUUAAAAACCAACAGGACCAACACUCCUGGGCCUCUUUCCUGUAGUGACUAUGAUUUACAAAUAUUCCUGCGAAGUCAAGUGAUGAUCUACGCCAUCAGAGAAAUAAACCUACCCAACAUCUCCAUGGGAUAUGACAUCUAUGACACUUGUGGAGAUGUCAGCCUCGCCAUGAGAGCAACUCAUGAGCUGCUGAAGACCCAGUCAGACCCACAAAGCUGUUUACUGCCAGCAGAACCACAAACCAAGGUGGUGAUUGGGGAAAGGUACUCAGAGGUAUCAGUAGCUGUUGCACGAAUUGCUGCUCUGUCAUCAGUUGCCCAGAUUAGUUAUGCAUCGACCAGUGAGUUGCUCAGCAGGAAGUUCAAGUUCCCCACUUUUCUGCGAACAGUGCCUAGCGAUGAAUAUCAGACUAAGGGUAUUGUUGAGCUGGUGAAGACAUUUCAUUGGCAAACAGUGUUCAUUGUGGGAAGUGAUGAUGAAUACGGGAAGUACGGCAGUGACGGCCUUGUGAACACCUUCAGUGAAACAAACAUCUGCAUUGAAGCUGUUCACAUCUUGUCUGCUGAUUUUAUGAAAAACAAUUCCCAGACCCAAAGGAAGCUGAAUGAACUACUGGGAGACAUCAAAAACUCCUCCGCUGAGGCCAUCAUCCUCUUCACGAAGGACUCCAAUGUUGAAAUCAUCCUGGGAGCAGCUAUUAAAGACAAAGUCAACAGAACUUGGAUUGCAAGUGAUUCAUGGUCCAAUUCUCCAACAAUCUCUGCAAUGCCAGGAAUUGAGCAUAUUGGACAAGUUUUCGGGUUCAUCUUCAAACAGAAGGAAGUGCCUGGCUUUAAAGACUACGUCAUGUCGAUGUUUAAUGGACCUGAAAAUAAUAUUCUCAACUAUCACCUGACACAGCAUCCACUUUGUUCAAAUCAGCCUGAAGAGAAAAGAGUAAAUGAUUCUUUAACAACAAACAAUCAACUGGGAUCCAAGCAGUGUCUGGACCCAAGUGUAUUGGCUACUUACAUUGAUCAGGAUGAAUCUUAUGGUGUCUAUUUAGCUGUUCAAGUCAUUGCUGAGGGUCUCAGACGGUUGCUGAAGUGUGACGGCCAUCAAUGUGAACGUAGCUCCAACUUCACAGCCUCAGAGCUUCUCUCGGAAAUCCAGAAAGUCAAUUUUACCACACAUCUAUUCUUCAAUAGUGAUGGGGACCCCAGUUUGGGUUAUGAUAUCAUAUACUGGAACAUGUCUAAUUUUAAACAGGGUGCAACACUAGAAACUAUUGGCGAAUACUGUCCAGAUGGAAAAAUCAGCGUACCAUUAUAUCUUUUCAAAAACCUGAUAAAUUACACGGUCUCUGUUUACAACUGCUUAAAAACAUGUGAUCCAGGACAAGAGCUAGAAAUGGAAAGGAAGUGCUGUGGUGUUUGCGUUCCAUGCAUGAUUGGAGAGUUUUCCCCUGAAAACGGUACAGCAUGUAAGCCCUGCGGUGAAAGGCAAUAUUCGUCUGAAAAGAGGGAUACGUGUUUGAAUAAAGAGGAUAAAUUUCUCCUCUGGUUAGAUCCCUUCUCAAUCAGUCUGAGCAUUCUGGCAGUCAUCGGGAUCGUUGCUACCGUUGUGUUUGCUGUUGUGUUUGCAGUCUAUAUUCGAACUCCCAUUGUGAAGACAGCUGGUGGUUAUGUGUGUUUCCUGGAGCUUCUAGCCCUGCUGACUGGCUUCUGCCUUACAUUUAUUUUCCCAGGCAAACCUACUAAGAACUUAAACUGUGCAGGUGUCCCUCUCUUUGGUAUAGUCUUUAACGUCUGCAUCUCUUGCAUUCUGGCAAACUUGCUUCAGAUCUUGUUGGGCUUCAACUUUGACCUGCCAGUAGGGUCCUGGGCAAAGAAGUUAAAUCAACCACUGGUGUUGGUGACCAUUGUUUCUGGGAUCCAGGUGGCUGUGUCUGUGUCAUGGCUGAUUUUCAACCCACCAGUUCCUCAAGAGGUGCCAGAGGACAAGACCAUCCUGCACCAGUGUGAGAUGAAGUCCCUUGAGUACUUUUUAGCCAUGUUAGGCUACAAUGGUUUCUUGGGGAUUUUUUGUUUUGUGUUUGCAUUCAAAGGUAGACAUCUGCCAGAUCUGUAUAAAAAUGCUUCUUUAAUCGCCAUCAGUAUACUACUGUUUAUGGUCAUCUGGAUCAUCUUCCUCCCGCUUUAUCUCACAUUGAAGGGCUUGUACAAACCAGCAAUAGAAGGUGCGGCCAUCCUCACUUCCUGCUUCAGCAUUCUCUUUAGUCACUUGGCCCCCAAGUGUUACAUUAUGUUGUUUAGGAAAGAGCUUAAUCAUGAGAGUGCUAUUGCUGAGUACAUCAGGAAGCAUUAUGAGCAACAGUGA